AUGCCUGCCAUACCUGAUUUGCUCUCUUCAGAAGCUGCUGGCGGUAAAAAGAAAAAAGGCGGUGCCAUGCAGACGAUUUCUGGCAAACACAAGGUUAUCUAA